GUAACUAAAAUUCUGACACUCCUCUGAGUGCUUCAGCUCCCCUAACACAAUAGCUCUAUCCCCUUUGUCAUUCAAGAGCCUAUGAAAAUACGACUGCCAUCUAUUCUUAAUGUGGCCAUUCUUCACCAACACUUUUCCGUCUUCCUCUUUAAUGCACUUCACCUGAUCGAGGUCACGACCCUUCCUUUCCCUAGCCUUAGCGAGUCUAAACAACUUUUUUUCCCCUCCUUUCUCCUGUAACCCCGCAUACAAGCUCUCAAACCUUUGAUGCAUCAAAUAAACAAAAUUUUAAGUUGCAUGCUUCUUUGUUAUGGACUAUCAAUGACUUUCCAGCAUAUGGAAAUUUAUUGGGAUGGAGUACAAAAGGAAAACUGGCAUACCCAUUUUGUAAUAAAGACAAUUCUUCAAUUCGAUUGGCUAAUUGUAAGAAGGAGUGCUUUAUGGGUCAUCGGCGUUACCUACCUUUGAGUCAUAGAUGGAAAAAUGACAAGAAGUCAUUUGAUGGUACAACAGAGAAAAGGCACCCACCGAAGAUGCAUUCUAGAAUUGAGAUACUUCAUCAAGUGCAAGAUCUUGAAGGCCAACUAUUGACAAAGGAUCCUAAGAAGAGGAGGAAGAUAUCACAUGAAAAGCGAAAGGAUAAUUGGAACAAGAAGAGUAUCUUUUUUAAACAUCUUAAACUUCCUUAUUGGAAAUAUCUCUUGUUGCGACAUAAUUUGGAUGUUAUGCAUAUUGAAAAAAAAUAUAUGUGAUAGUUUUUUGGGGACAUUCAUGAAUGUCAAAGGAAAGACCAAAGAUACAAUGAAAACUUGAUUAGACUUGCAAGCAAUGAACAUUAGGCCGGAAUUGCACCCUAUCCAAAGAGAGAAUGAAGUCGAAGUUCCAACUGCAUGCUACACAUUUUCUCCUGAAGAAAAGCACAAAUUAUGUAUUUUCUUGAAGAAUUUAAAGGUCCCAGAUGGAUUUUCAUCUAAUAUAUCUCAAAACUUGAAAGAACACAAGAUAUUUGGUUUGAAAAAUCAUGGCUGUCAUGUUUUUUUGCAGCAUAUACUCCCUCUUGCACUUCGUGGUAUGCUGUCGAAAGAAGUGUGUGAACCUCUUAUUGAGUUGUCUUUAUUUUUUUGUGUUCUUGGAUCAAAGGAAUUGAGGAUUGAUUCAUUGAAACAUAUUGAAGAGCAAAUUCCCAUUACACUUUGCAAGUUAGAAAAGGUCUUCCCUCCUUCUUUAUUUGAUGUCAUGGUUCACUUGCCUAUUCAUUUAACUGGUGAAGCUCAGAUUGCUGGGCUUAUUCAUUAUCGGUGGAUGUAUCCUAUCGAGUGAUGGUUAUAUUUUUUGAAAUCUCUUAUUGGUAAUAGGGCAUGUCCAGAAAGUUCCAUUGCAGAGGGCUACCUUGCAAAUGAAUGUAUGACUUUAUGUUCAAGGUAUCUACAUAGAAUUGACACGAAAUUCAAUCGGCCAGAACGAAAUUAUGAUGGCGGUUUAAAGAAUUCAAAUGGAGGUUUAUCUAUAUUUUGUCAACCUGGAAAAACUCUGGGAGCUAAAGAUCCAUGUUAGCUUGAAGCAAAUGAAUUGGAACAAGCACUUAUAUAUUUUAAAGAAUUGUGAUUAUGUCUUACCAUAUCUCGAGUAUGGAGGGUUCUUUUGUAUCAUCUAGUAUUCCCAAUUUUCUUUAAGGUAAUAUUGUUUCUAUAUGACAUUUAUGGUUAACCUCAAUUUUGUAAAGAGUUUACAAAUAUGGAUAUUGCUCACGACUUGUCAGAUGUAGAAUGGGACCGAGAAUUUAUUAAAUGAUUUAAAAAUAGGGUGAGUAAUAUGGGCAACACAUAAACAUUAGAUUUGACUUCUUAAUGUUGUAUUACUCAUUCUAAAGUAUUAAAUGUAAUCUUAUGUUUAGGUCGUACAAUUGCGUAAAGCAGAUAAUAGUCGGCUCAUGGAAGAUCUUCUCUCACUUUCACGUGGUCCUACCAAAUAUUCAACACAUUGUAAUGGUUACAUUGUAAAUGGAUAUAGAUUUCAUGUAGAAGAUUAUGAUCGAUCUCUUAGGACUCAAAAUUGUGUUAUUGUUGUAGCUAGCAAGAAUGAUGAAGAUAAUGAGAUGUUUGAUUACUAUGGAGUUUUAACAGAUGUGAUGGAAUUGCAAUUUGUCCCAGAUAGAAGAGUGAUUUUGUUUCGGUGUAAUUGGUUUGAUAUGCAUGUUAAAAUAAAAGGAAUAAAAAGAGAUGAGUAUGACUAUGUAAGUGUGAAUCCGAGUAGAUUUUUGAAAACAAAUGAGCCUUUUGUUUUAGUGGAUCAAGCAUCUCAAGUGUUUUAUUCUAAUGACAAUUCCAACAAAGGCUGGCAUUUAGUGAGGAAGACUCAACCUCGUGAUUCCUAUGAGGUUGUGAAACAAAUGGAUGAUGAUGUAGAUGACUUAGAAAGUCCUUCAGAUGCUGUAGAUGAUUUAGAAAGUCCAACACAAAAGAAAUGUAAAAGAGCUGAUGAGGUGCUAUUGGUAAGGGACCAGCAGAAGGAGUUAUAAACUCUACCAUGUGUUCUAGUCAAGUAACGGGAAUGACAAUACGAAAGAGGUUCGUGGUUCGGGAGAACCAGUUUUUGCCAGUUAAUACUUCAUUACCUCCGUCUACUAAUGAGGUUAAGCCAUAUUUACAAGAAGUUGAAACAAGUAAGUUUCUCAUAUCAAAUUUCUAUUGAGGAUUUUCUGUCUGUGAAAGGUGUGGUAGCUGCUGUGGAGCUCCUGCCACACUCUAUGAAGGUUGUGGUUACUUCUUGGUGUAGUCUACUUCUUGUCAUGUUUUGUUUGAGUAGUUGUGACAGUUGCGUCACCUGUGGCUGCAUCGUGAACCUGAAAAGUGGCUCGACUAAUCAAGUUGUGCUAUUUCACUGUGUCAUCUGUUAACACUUGUUGGGAAACUGCCAGACCUAUAAAUUACCUGAUAUCACUAAUGUUAACUGACCUGAUAUCACUUUGUCUAGUUGUGACAGUUGUGUCACCUGUGGCUACGUACGAUGUUCGACCUCCCACUAUCUGCUCGUCAGUGAUAUUUUCUUUUGCCACUGUAUUAUCGCAUUUGACAUCUAUGCUCCUGAUGUAACCACCUUCAGACAAGAAGUGCUCUUAAUUCAUUUAACUCAAAAGUGUUCUUACUUCUUUUUCAAGUUAGAAGAGGUUAGUAGCAGGAAUGUGUAUCAAUUUGUGUACCGUCGUAGAUGUUGAUAAUCGUGACCAUUUUGUUCAUCUUGUAAUGAUUGGAUUUAUUUUGGAAUGAUGCAAGUUCAUUUUGUAGUGUGGUGACUUCUAAGGGAACUAAGUUCAUUUUGUAUAACUGAAUUGUGCAGAUUUUAAACUUUUAUCUUUUUUACAUGUUUCAACUUUUGGUAUUUGAUAUUUCUGUAAUUAGUUUUCUGCAUUUGCACUUAGUUUUUUGUUUCUGUAUUAUAAUUUUUUGAUUCUGCACUUCAGUUUCUGCACCAUAAUUUACUGCAAUCUGAACUUUUUUCUGUACACUUUAAUCAAUUUCUGCACUAUAUUAUUACUGAUUCUGCAUGCACUUAAGCACAUUUGGAUAAGAUUAACAAAAUAAUUUUUUAACUUAAGUGAUUAAGUGCCAGACCUAUAAAUCACCUGAUAUCACUACUUAUGUUAACUUACCUGAUAUCACUUUGACAAGUUGUGACAGUUAUGUCACCUGUGGCUGCGUCGUGAACCUGAAAAGUUGCUCGACUAAUCAAGCUGUGCUACUUCACUGACACUGGUUGGGAAACUGCCAGACCUAUAAAUUAUCUGAUAUCACUACUUAUGCUAACUUACCUGGUAUCAGUUUGACUAGUUGUGACAGUUGUGUCACAUGUGGCUGCGUCGUGAACCUGAAAAGUGGCUCGUCUGUAGUAGUUAUGCUACUUCACUGUGUCAUCUGUUAACACUGGUUGGGAAGCUGCAAGACCUUUAAAUUACCUGAUAUCACUACUUAUGUUAACUUACCUGAUAUCACUUUGACUAGUUGUGACAGUUGUGUCACCUGUGGCUGCGUCGUGAACCUGAAAAGUGUCUCGACUAAUCAAGUUGUGCUACUUCACUGUUUCAUCUUUUAACACUGCUGGUUGGGAAACUGCCAGACCUAUAAACUACCUGAUAUCACUAAUGUUAACUUACCUGAUAUCACUUUGACUAGUUCUGGCAGUUGUGUCACCUGUGGCUAUAUACGAUGUCCGACCUCCCACUAUCUGCUCAGUGAUAUUUUCUUUUGCCACUGUAUUAUCGCUUUUGACAUCUAUGCUCCUGAUGUAACCACCUUCAGACUAGAAGUGCUCUUAGUUCAUCUAACUCAAAGUGCUCUUAAUUCUUUUUCUAGUUAGAAGAGGUUAGUCGCAGGAAUGUGCAUCAAUUUGUGUACCGUCGUAGAUGUUGAUAAUCGUGACCAUUUUGUUCAUCUUGUAAUGAUGGGAUUUAUUUUGGAACAAGUUCAUUUUGUAGUGAUGACUUCUAAGCGAACUAAGUUCAUUUUGUAUAACUGAAUUGUGCAGUUUUUAAACUUUGAUCUUUUUUACAUGUUUCAACUUUUGGUAUUUGAUAUUUCUGUAAUUAGUUUUCUGCAUUUUGCACUUAGUUUUUUGUUUCUGUAUUAUAAUUUUUUGAUUCUGCACUUAUUUCAGUUUCUGCACCAUAAUUUACUGCAAUCUGCACUUUUUUCAGUUUCUGCACCAUAAUUUACUGCAAUCUGCACUUUUUUCUGUACACUUUAAUCAAUUUCUACACUAUAUUAUUACUGAUUCUGCAUGCACUUAGAGCCCAUUUGGAUAAGAUUAAUAAGUUAUUAAGUGCCAGACCUAUAAAUCACCUGAUAUCACUACUUAUGUUAUCUUGCCUGAUAUCACUUUGACUAGGUGUGACAGUUACGUCACCUGUGGCUGCAUCGUGAACCUGAAAAGUGGCUCGACUAAUCAAGUUGUGCUACUUCACUGUGUCAUCUGUUAACCCUGGUUGGGAAACUGCUGGUACCUUUUAUUUUGCCCAUUUCAAUCCAAGUGGGAAAUCAUAUUCUGCCCAGACAUCCCAACUCCCGAUUACAAGAUAAUAGCUGGAUAUGCCACUCACUCCAGGGUGCACAAUGCAUGUAUUUUCAAAUGAAGAUCCUUUUUAGGAGUGAAACAAUAUGGUCCUGUUACAGCUGUCAUAUUAAACUUAAAAUGUUAAGCUCAUACAACUAUAUAUUUGUUUUGGAAGGUUCUAUUGGGAAAGAGCAAUGAAAAGGACUUGCAAGCUCUACCAUGUUUUAUUGUCAAGUAAUGGCAACAACGAUGAAUAAGAUUUCUGUGGUUCGUGAGAAUGAGUAUAUGCAAGUUGAUACUCCAUUUUGUCCAUCAACUAAUCAAGUUAAGCAACAAACCAAAGAGGCUGAAUCAAGUUUGUUUUUUUCAA